AUGAUACACAACGGGUCCAAGACACAAAAGCCCGUUGUACCAGUAUCGCGCCACUACUGGAAUGAAUAUGUAUGGUCAGGUUCCCAGGCCACGACUGCUACUCAGGUAGUCCCCAAAUUCCUUGCAAGGCCGAGUCACGCUGGAGCUGGUCUCACGAGGACUUGGGUCCUUCAGACACACGCCCCUGUGCCCUGGGUCGAUCACGGCAGCGACUAUGGCGUUGGCGUCGGCGUCCAAGGGGAAAAGAAAAAGUGGAAUACGUACCUACGUAACACGCGGUCAAUGGCAAACGACGACAAGAUAUUAUCGACACCUCAAGGGUGGCGGCUUGGUGAGCUUGUCGCUCAUGAAGCCGAGAAGAGUGAAGCCAUGAUUCAAAGUUGUUUCUUUCCAGCCCAGUCGGCCAUUGCGGUUGUGUGA